CCUGAUCCUAGAAGCCCAAAAUUCCCCGAGAACUGGUGGCAGACCCGAGUCUGCUUUUUGUUGGCCAUCCCAUUCAUCCUCCUUUUCUUCGAUUCCCGACGACAACCCCUAAACAUCAGCAAUAUCCCAAAUUUGGCAGCCUCCGGCGCCCACAAACGAAUCAACCUCAAAUCUCAAUUGUCGUCGCCGGAGCUGUUUCUGCGCCUGAGAAGGUAAUAACCUCUCAAAUCCCCAAUACUCUCUCCGACUUCAUUGCAUAUAUUGUGCUUCGCUUCCCGUCAGAUUCUUAGUUUGGGAAAAUGCUGCACCGGGCGAGAUUUGUUCUAAAGAAUUGGCUGCUCCAUAGCGAUAGUUCCUGCUUAUCUGGUAGAGUAAACCCUUGUACGUUGCUUUCCUGUCUGCGGCUAUUCUCCAGCGACCCAACUGCUCCAGUCCCUUUCGCUGUGUCUUACCUCAUAAACGAAUGCGGGGUUCGUCCUGAAUCUGCUGCUUCUGCUGGUAAGUACAUCCAUUUCGAAACCCCAGAGAGAGCUGAUGUAGUCCUGGGCUUCUUCAGGAACCUGGGUUUCACGGAUUCCCAAUUGCCUAAGGUUUUCGGUAGGCGCCCCCGGCUCCUAAUGUCUGAUCCUCAGAAACACUUCGUGCCCAGGAUUAGGUUUUUGGAAUCCAACGGCUUCUCAACCUCCGACAUUGCUCAAAUCUUGCUUAGAACUCCCGAGAUACUUCACUCCAGCAUAGAGAACCAGCUGCUCCCUAAUCUCAACUUCUUCAAAACUGUCAUGCCGUCUGAUGAGAACCUUAUUCGGGCUAUAAGGCGCAGCCCGUUCCUUCUGACUUGUGAGCUGGAGACAUAUGUGAUCCCUAGUAUCAAGAUUCUUAGAGAAAGUGGGGCCGGUGAGUCGAGCAUUGUGCGAUUACUCUUGUUUCACCCGAGGACUCUCAUGACUUCACGGAGUCAACUCUCUCAGGCCAUAGAACGUGUCAAGAAAAUGGGGGUGGAUCCUAGGUUAACGCUAUUCAGUAUAGCUGUUCAGACGAUUAGAGGAGUGAGCAAGGGAACUUGGGACAGCAAGAUUGAUGCUUAUAAGAAGUGGGGUUGGUCCAACGAACUGAUUCUGAAGGCUUUCACGAAGUCUCCAUGGUGUAUGGCAAUGUCUGUGAAGAAACUUAUGGCCAAUAUGGACUACUACGUUAACAAAAUGGGGUUUGAUCCUUUGGUUAUUGCAGCUCGACCUAUAUUACUGGCCUUCAGCUUGGAUAAGAGGAUUAUGCCUCGAGAUGCUGUUCUGUGUGUCUUGUUGUCAAAAGGGUUGAUCGAAUCUAGGGCCUCGGUUCAGGCAUUGGUACUAACGAAUGAGGGGUUCCAGAAGAAGUUUUUGGACCCUUAUAAAGAGCAGGCUCCUGAACUGUUACAGUUGUUUCAGGAGAAACUCAGAACUUGUUGAGCAAUAGUGGAUUGCAGAUGGGAUAGAGACGAGCAUAAAGAAGCACACUUAACUAGUUUAAUGAAGGAUGAAGUGAAGAAAAUUGUGAAGAAGCUAGCAUGAAGCAAAUUGGUAGGACAUUAUAGCAUCUUUGCUGUAUUGAUUAGUUGCUCUUGCCCAGUCUUUAUACAAACUGCAGACUUGGGGCCAACUAUUCUGCGAGGUCAUUGUCAAUUUGGCACGAAUUGGCUGCCUCGUUGCAUGGUUUUUCUUUUAUAUUAGUGGACCACAUGCAGUGGUUGUGUUUGUCUUUGAGUUAUACCAGGGUGACUUAGUUUAAUGGUUCCUCUGCUCACAAAGCCAACAGCUUUGAGUUGCCACUUAUCUGCUGCCGCAAAAUAGCCUGCCUUCUAGGUUGAAUGAAUGAAUUAAAGCAGAGAAAAGUUGCUACUAACUAGAGAAGAGAUAAGAUAAUAUUAUUCUUUAUUGUAGUUAAUGCAGGGACAUGGUUCAAGAACCAGUGAUGACCUUCGACUGAAGUGAACUCUCGUGUUGUAGAUCUUGCCUCUCAGUUGAUUUACUUUAAUGAAGUUCAUCAGCAUGCUGCAAUUGCCCUGUACUCUGUUUUAGACUUUAAAUGGCAAAGGACUUGAUAUGCGGCACACCCGUGACUGCAUUCAUCGAACUUCUUGGCAGGAAUUAAGAUCAAAUUGGGCG